GCUAGGAAGUCAACUCGUGUUGUAUCUCAGAAACGUGUGUCUGAAAAUGGCAAUUCCAAAACGGAAAAUGGGAAGAUUACUUAAAAUAAGUGGUGUAAUUGUGGUUUUAGCAUUAGUACUUUUGAUAUGCCGCUCUUUAAUAAGGAAAAAGCCAGUCCUCGAUAUAGAUCUGAAUCUUUUUGACUUUAGACACAAGUUGGGCCAUGUUUAUUUUGACUACAGCCAGAGAACCAUCACUUUCUCCGAACAUAAUGAUGGUGACUCAUAUUUAACAGUAACUUUUCCUCAAGAACUACAAAGUGCGCCUGACUUGACUUGUGAUUCGAAAGAUUCAAACAGCCUUUGUUUAAAAUGGCUGCACAGAGGAAAGUUGGAGAUAAAAGAGUCCAUUUCUCAAAAUGCAAGGUGUUAUAAUAUUGUUUGGACGCCCAAGAACAAUGGUUUUGUGCCCUAUGACUGUUUCCCUUUAUCAGACGCCCACUGGUACGGGGGAAGUGCACAUUACACACAUGACUGGCCAGUAGAACAGCUGAGUGUCCCGCUACAACCCUACAUAUCAUCACCUCUCCACGUUUCCAGGGAAACGGGCAAAGAAGUGUUUGGUCCUGUUCUUGAGCGAUACUGGUUCAGUUCAAAAGGAGUAGGGGUGUAUGUUGACAAUUCUGUUCCUUUGCAUGUGGGCAUCAACGACAACAAUAGUAACAAGAUGUGUUUUAAAGCAUCGUAUAUCACAAACCGUUUCCAGAAUCCUGAAAAUCUUCCACCAAUUUUGCGGUAUUUUGUGUGUAAGGCUAAUAAUGCUAAAGAAAUCCAUGAACAUAUGUAUAAAAAAUGUUUUAAAGUUCCCACUCGCAUACCAGAUGAAUUGAGAAUGCAAAAUCCCAUGUGGACAUCUGCGAAAUUAAGAGACCAAACUAAACAAUCAACUGUGUUAACUUACACAAAUGAAAUCAGCAAAAAUAAAUUUCCUAAAGGUUUCUUUGAACUUUAUGGCAGAUAUUUCAGAGCAUAUGGAGAUUAUAAUUUUGAUGAUAAAAAGUUUCCAAAUGCACAUCAAAUGAUUGGAGAACUGAAGUCCUCUGGUUUUGAAAUCGGAACAUGGGUCACCCCUUAUAUGGAUCUUAAGUCACUCCAUGCUGAAACUGGGAAGAAAAAUGGAUAUUUUGUUCAUGAUGCUGACUCGGAGACAUUGCCAGCCAGCAUAGCUUGGAAUGGCAAUGUAUCUUUGUUUGUUGACUUUACAAAUGAACAAGCUUACAAGUGGUUCCAUGAUAUACUGGAAAAUAUACAGAAAGAUUACAGAAAUACUGCUUUUGUAUUUGAUGGAGGCGAGUCUUCGUCCUUUGAUCUCAGUCAGUCAAUGAAGACUUUUAUUCACAAUCCGUGUGAGUACAGCACUAAGUAUGUGGAACUUGCUGCCAGUCUGGGAGACAAAGGGACAGUGAAGGUUGGAUACCAAUCCCAGCAGUAUGCCAUGUUUGUCGAGAUCACAGACAGACAGUCCAGCUGGGACUACAACAGUGGACUCAAGUCAAUCAUCCCGACUGUUCUAACUUACGGUCUCCUCGGUUACCCUUUUAUCAACCCUGGUCCUAUUGGUGGAAGGGGAAGUUUUUCUCUGAAGCCGUUCAAAAAUGAAAGUUUUGAAUCCAAAAUUCUGCCCGAGUCCGAGCUGUAUGUGCGAUGGAUGUUGCUGUCAACUUAUUUACCCAUCAUGCAGUUCUCCUAUGCCCCAUGGGAAUACAACAACGAAACAACACUAUUAGCUCUUCAACUUGUUCAAUAUCAUCAAAAUAAGGUCUUCCCACUACUAAAGGCUGCUGCGAAAGAAGCAGAAGUGACAGGGAUGCCAAUUAUUCGGCCAGUCUGGUGGGUGGCACCAGAGGACAUCGUUGCCCAGCGGGUCGACUGUGAGUUCUUGGUGGGGGAUGCCCUCCUGGUGGCGCCAAUACUGGAGAAGGGGGACAGGGAGCGCCAGGUGUACCUUCCAGCUGGGAGCCGGUGGAAGGAUAAUCUACGACAAAAACAUUAUGAUGGCGGACAAUGGCUGGAGCAUUAUCGCGUAGAGCUGAUGGAAAUUGCAACUUUUGAGCGAGAAAAAACUCCUUUGUGAUUAUAUUUGGAAGAAGGAAGAAUCUACAGUGUGAUGAGUGAGUGAGUGAGUUGUUGACAUUGUUUUAAUCCUGCUAUGUGGUGAUUAGCAGACACUGAUCAGGAGUGCUUUGGGAUAGUUAUGCAGUAAGUGAGUGGUUUUGUGCAGCUUUUACCAACAUUCCAGCGAUAUCAUGGCGGGGGACACGUGAAAUGGUCUGCACACAUUGUACCCAUGUGGGGAGUCGAACCUGGAUCUGCAGCAUGAUGAGCCAAGGUUUUAACCACUAAGCUACACCACAGCCCACAUAUUUUGGGAAGUCUGAAGAAAUUGUUAAAUGGUCAUAGCUUUUGAUAUCUGAAAUUUCAUAUACAAUUUAUACUCACCGAUUAUAUUAUCUUAUAAAAUUGGAUUUUCUUGAUAAGUUUGAUUACUUUUUUCUUAUUUUUCUAUUUCAUGAUGGUUUUAUGAACAGGCCCAAAUGAACUAAUUUGGUUACCAUGGUUACAAAAUUUAUUUUUUAGAACAAAAAUGUUUUCUAUCCAUUGGUAAUCAUGACAAUGUAUAGCAAUAUUUAAGUAAGGUGAAUAUUGAAGGUGAAGUUAAUGAACUUGAGAGAAUUGUGAGUGGUUGAGUUGGUUGAAUUUCUGUUAUUCAGUAGCAUGUCUGGUUAUUGUAAAAGGAAAAUUAGAAACUUAUUGUGCGACUUUUACCAUUAGUCUGAAGCCAGUGUCUAGUCAAAUUCUGUUGGUCUAGUAAGCUCAGCAGAUAAUGAUCCAUAUGAUAACACUAAAUUCUACUAAAUUUUAUAUUAAUAGCCAUUUUCAGGUCUUUUUAUAUAAGGAGCCAUUUUUGGGUCUCAGGAGUUUUUGGCACAGACUGAAAACAUAUGAAGACCCUAAAUGUUAACUUCAAUAGGCCCCACCCCAUGAAGAUCUGGGUUAGAAUUGGUCUUCAGCAACCCAUGCUUGUCAUACAAGGUGACUAACAGGAAUGGAUGUAAACGUUUCCUGAUUGUGUAGAUCAGCUGUAGAUUGAUGCUCAUGAU